AGUUCAAGUACAAAGAAAAGAAGAUGCAGAAUUCAGGAACAUCAAGCCUGAUAGAGAACCUUGGAUUACAGCACCCGAAUCCCCACUUAUACCUAAUCAUUCACAAUUCCAAACCUCUCAGGAGAUGAUUCUGGUUCUGGAGUUAGAUCCAAGUGUACAAACUCAAUAUGGUGAGUAUCAACCUUGGUCUAAGGUCAGAAGUAUCCCCGAAAAAGCACCCCUAUUCUUUGAUGAAUCUGAUUCAGAAAACUUGAUCAACCGACUAGCCUCAGGGUUACUUCCUGAUAACAUUGAAUAUAUCAAUGACCACUGGAAUGAUGAUACCUACUCAAUGAAUUCGGAUGACCUUAAAAAUAGUGUUAGUAAUGAGCAACAAUUAGCAGGAUAUGAUAUUGAUGGUGAAACUCUUAGAAACAAGAAUAAUUCCUGGGAGUCUGGAAGCACAUAGUUUCAAUUCUUACCACAACAUACCAAUACUCAUCAUUCACAAGCUCACAAUAGUCCC